GUCAACAGUGCACAAAAUAGAACAAUUCCCCCUUUUAAAUUGAAAACGCGUUUAGUUGCACAAAAUUAACCAAAAAAAAAAAGAUUUCGAUUCCAGAUUCUACACGGUAUUAUAAUUCUACGAUUGCAAAAUUUCUUAGCAUUUUGGUUUGUUGUCUGUGGAUGGUAUUUAAUGAGAUUCCAAUCCUGCAAAAUGUAUUUGACUGGGGUUUGUUUUUAAAAGAUUAAGGCUCUUACUUUCAUUCAUUUACUAGUGUUAGCUUUCUUUGAACUUUCAUUACUUUACAGCAUUUAUUAAAACUCACCUUCCACUCAUUACACAUAUACCUUCCUUAUAAUAUGAAAUAUUCGAGUUUUAUUCCACUCCUUUGUUUGCUGUCUGCCGCCUCUGCAGCCACUGUUUACGUGACCAACGUUCACUAUGUCACUGUCUACGAAGGUGAAGAAGUUGUUUCUCCAACCACUAGUCCCGACUUAGAAGUAGCUUAUGUAACUGAAAUCAUUUAUCCAGAUCAAUCUACAUCUGUUCAACAAGAACAAUCUACAUCAGUUCAACAAUCACCAGCUGCGCAAGCUCCAGCAGUAGCUGCUCAAGUUGUCAACUCUCCAGCCAAUGUCCCAACCACUUUAGUAACAGUUGCCACUACCAGUACUCCAGCUCCAGCUCCAGCUCCAGCUACCACCUCUUCAUCUUCUUCCAAUUUUGGUACCGUCCAAGAUCUUUCCUUUUCACAAGAAAUCUUAAACGAUCAUAAUGAAAAGAGAGCUGAUCAUGGUGUUCCAGCUUUAUCUUGGUCUCAAGAUUUAUAUAAUUAUGCCCAGAAUUACGCUAACCAAUACGAUUGUUCAGGUAAUUUAGUCCAUUCCGGUGGUCCAUAUGGUGAAAACUUAGCCGUUGGUUAUUCCGGUGCCACUCCAGCUUUUACAGCUUGGUAUAAUGAAGGUAAUGGUUAUAAUUAUGCAGCUGCCAAUGUAUUUGAUCAUUUCACUCAAAUCAUCUGGAAAUCUUCAACUGAAUUAGGUUGUGCUUAUAAAGAUUGUUCAGCUGAAAACUGGGGUAAAUAUGUUAUUUGCUCUUACAACCCUCCUGGUAACUACAUUGGUGAAGGUGCUCAAAAUUUGUUUAAUUAGUCUGUAUUUAUGUUUCUAUGUCUAUUUAUUU